CAUGGCCACGAGGCAUGGGGACAAGAUUGUAAUUACGGUACAGACCAAAGCAUACCUAUCAGUAUCACCUGCAGUUGGACCACCGAACAAAUAUGGCCGUUGGAGAAGGUAAGACUUGGUUCAGGCAGAUAACCGUUCAGAAAAAUAUUGUACGCAAGUUAAAACUAGCCGUUACCCUCCAACUUAAACCACAACUCUCCCCUUCAACCCUCCAAAUCCAUUUCUCUUCUCUAACCUCUUCGCAUGCUCUCUGAAUUCUAUCUCUCACACUUCCCCAUUUGUUUCCUCCUUUAGCUCUUCAAGACAAGGGGGGAAAAAACCCAUUUCUUCUCUUUCUCUUCACCAUUUCUUCUUCUUUUUUCUUGUUAAUGGAAGAUAUCUUUCAGCACAAGUACUUGCUUUAUACCCAUUUGUUUUUGUUUCUGCUAGCUUUUGCCUUUCAGUUUGCUUCAUGCCAGAGAUGGGAUGGAGUAAAUGUGACCCAAGGUGAUUAUCAAGCUCUUCGAGCUAUAAAGAAUGAGUUAAUUGACUUCAGAGGUUUUUUACGCAGCUGGAAUGAUAGUGGAUAUGGAGUUUGUUCUGGUGGAUGGGCAGGAAUCAAAUGUGUUAAUGGUCAAGUUAUUGCUAUCCAGCUUCCAUGGAGGGGACUUGGUGGGAAAAUCUCUGAGAAGAUUGGCCAGCUUCAUGCUCUUCGAAAGAUUAGCAUGCACGACAAUGUUCUUGCUGGUUCUGUCCCUUUGUCUCUUGGAUUCCUUCCAAAUCUUAGAGGUGUUUAUCUCUUCAACAACCGGCUUUCAGGUUCCAUUCCUCCUUCACUUGGUCGCUCUCCUAUGCUUCAGACUCUUGAUGUGAGCAACAAUUCACUUACUGGUUCGAUUCCUUCUAGUCUUGCUAAUUCUACAAGGUUAUAUAGGCUUAAUCUGAGCUUUAAUUCCUUAACGGGUUCGAUUCCAUUCAGUCUCACUCGUUCUACUUCUCUCACUAUUCUUGCUCUGCAACACAACAAUCUCUCUGGUUCCAUCCCAGAUUCUUGGGAGGAAACAGGGAACAAAUCUCACCACCUUCAGUUCUUGACUCUUGAUCAUAACCUCAUAUCUGGAAACAUUCCAGUGACUCUUAGCAAUUUGGCUUUUCUUCAAGAGGUUUCUCUGAGUCAUAAUCAGAUUUCUGGGAACAUACCUGAUGAACUAGGGAGGCUUUCAGGAUUACAAAAGCUUGAUUUUUCAAAUAAUGCUAUCAAUGGAAGCAUUCCACCUAGCUUUUCCAAACUCUCCUCGCUAGUCUCAUUGAAUCUAGAGAACAAUCGCCUUGACAACCAGAUCCCAGAAUUUAUAGACAGAUUGAGGAACCUCUCAGUGCUUAACCUGAAAAAUAAUCAAUUCACUGGCCAUAUUCCACCAAGUAUUGGGAAUCUCUCUAGUAUCAAUCAACUAGAUUUAUCACAAAAUAAUUUUACUGGAGACAUCCCUGCUUCACUUGCUGGCCUAGCCAACCUCACUUCUUUCAAUGUUUCUUACAACAAUCUCUCUGGUGCGGUCCCCUCCCUGCUUUUAAAAACUUUCAAUUCAAGCUCUUUUGUGGGAAAUAUUCAGCUUUGCGGCUACAGCACUACAACUCCAUGUCCUUCACCACCACCCGUAAUCCUUCCAUCUCCGACAACAGGGAAGCCAGAACAUCAUCACCACCGAAAACUGAGCACCAGGGACAUUAUCCUCAUAGUAGUUGGUAGCCUCUUAGCAGUUUUACUUCUACUUUGCUGCAUUCUGAUGUGUUGUUUGAUGAAGAAAAGGGCUAACAUGAAACAAAAGAAUGGUACAUCUGCUACACGGGCAGUUGUGGGGAAAACUGAGAAGACAGGAGCAGCAGUCGGCGCAGAAGUUGAAUCAAGCAGCGAAAAGGGCGGAAAAUUAGUCCACUUUGAUGGGCCAUUUGUGUUUACUGCUGAUGAUUUAUUGUGUGCAACUGCGGAGAUAAUGGGAAAAAGCACUUAUGGAACAGCAUACAAAGCAACACUAGAGGAUGGCAAUCAAGUUGCUGUGAAGAGGCUGAGAGAGAAGACUACAAAGGGGCAGCGAGAAUUUGAAUCUGAGGCUGCUGAACUUGGAAAGAUUCGUCAUGCAAAUCUCUUAGCACUAAGGGCCUAUUACUUGGGACCCAAAGGAGAGAAGCUUCUAGUUUUUGACUACAUGCCGAAAGGGAGUCUUGCUUCUUUCCUCCAUGCUCGUGGGCCAGAGACCACCAUCAGUUGGCCAACCAGGAUGACCAUAGCCAUUGGCGUUACUCGUGGACUGAACCAUCUCCACACCCAGGAGAAUAUAAUCCAUGGGAAUCUUACAUCAAGCAACAUCCUUCUUGAUGAGCAAACCAACGCUCAUAUUGCAGACUUUGGCCUCUCCAGGCUCAUGACUACUGCUGCCAACACCAAUGUGAUUGCUACUGCUGGAUCACUUGGCUAUCGUGCACCAGAACUCUCGAAGCUCAAGAAUGCCAAUACAAAGACUGAUGUGUAUAGCCUUGGGGUGAUCAUUCUGGAGCUUUUGACAGGAAAAUCACCUGGUGAGCCGACAAAUGGUAUGGAUUUGCCGCAAUGGGUGGCAUCCAUAGUGAAGGAGGAGUGGACUAAUGAAGUCUUUGAUUUGGAGCUUAUGAGGGAUGCACCCGCCAUAGGUGAUGAGUUGCUUAACACAUUGAAAUUAGCUCUGCAUUGCGUCGAUCCCUCGCCAGCAGCUCGUCCUGAAGUUCAACAAGUUCUUCAGCAACUAGAGGAAAUCAAGCCAGAUCCGGCAGACAGUUCUGUUGAUGAUGGAGCCAAAGUCCCACCACCAGCAACAGAAUAAAAGAUUUAUUAUAUUAGUAUCAUGAUUUUGGAGUGCAGGAAUAAAGGGUUGAUUACAGUGAAAUUUACUAGUUUACAGAUAUACAGGGGAGAUCACAUUCUUUAAUUCAUAUUAUUUGUUAGUGAAUGUAAAUACAAGUUAUUGUUUGAUCGUUUAUUCUUUUUGUCUAGAACUAUAAUGUAUUCUUUCAAUUCAUUCAUGUUCUGUAAAAGAGUUGAAGAUAUUAUAAAAUUGCAAGAGAUUUAAUAUA